AUGAUGAUGAUGAUGUCAGUGUGUGUUUGUUCUUUCUCAGAAUUGUUCCAGAAACAAAUUAUUUUUCCUUGCGCAUUUAAAAAGGCUUUACAAGUGAGAUGGACAACAACAUGCAGACCAGCUCCAUUAUUAAGAGCAACACCUUCACGUGGGAUAAUUGAUGAGCUGAUCACUAUAGAGGCUCAUUAUCUGCCACAAAACUCCCCAGUGACAAUGAGAGCUCAGAUGACCUGCGAUGAUGGAUAAUUGUGGCAGUCCGUUGCUCAUUUUCACACCGACGAGGAUGGAGUCAUAGACCUGACAAAACAUUCCUCUGUCGGUGGUACGUAUGUCGGCUGUAAACCAAUGGGCCUGUUUUGGAGUCUUCAGCAUGUAACUGUUGAAAAACAAGCACAAUCUUUGGACAUCUCUGUUACAUCUGAAAUUCAGUUUAGAAAGAAAGAUGUUGAGACUCCAUACACAGUGGAUGUGUCUGUGCUGGAAGGCCACAUUUUUCUGGGGGCUCGGCUUUCCAUAGGGCACAUUUUGUUGGAUUUAAGAAGUCCAGGUCCGUUUCCUGCAGUUAUAGAUCUGUUUGGUUUGGCUUGAGGUCUGGUGAAGUACCGAGCUGCUCUGCUUGCCUCACAUGGUCUGGCCUCCACGGCUUUAUUCUACUUUGAUCACAAAGAUAUUCCCGGACCCCCAAAACAUAUCAACGUUGGAGACUCUUACUUCAAGGCAGCAUGGCAGGUUCUGUGUGAUCACCCCCAGGUGUGUGAGGAUCGGAUUGCAAUCAUCGGGAUUUCCUUUGGGGUCUCUAUAGCUCUGCGGAUUGCCACAUCCUUGCCAGUUAACCCGAGGUGCGUGGUUUGCAUCAAUGGGCCGUUCUGCAGCAUGAACAAGAUAUUUGGUGAAGACGGAGAGAAUAUUGAUGAAGAGCAAAAACAAUGGUACAUUAACGAUCAAGGCUACGUGAGUUUCAGGGACUUCUCUUUACCUUGUAAGGUUCCACCUGAAAACAUUAUUCAGGUUGAGAAGGUGCGCUGCCCUCUGCUCUUCAUCAUCGGAGAGGACGACUUGUGCUGUCCAUCUGUAGAGAACGCAGACGAAAUUGAAAGACGGCUUCGCACCGCAGGUAAAUCUCACCUGUUCACUCGGGUGUGGUACCCUGGAGCUGGUCACCUGAUCGAGCCACCACACACACCCACUUCCCGCAGCUCCACCUGUGCCACUCAACACACUCAAACUGUGAUUCAAUGGGGAGGAACUCUGGAGCAACACGCAGCCGCUCAGGAAGACUCGUGGCCACGCAUCCUGACAUUCCUGGAAAGUCAUUUAAGAAAGGCAGACGCAGCUUAGUUACAACACACCCUUUUUUCCUUUCCCUUACUUGUGGCCUAUUGCUCAUCUCAAGGGUCGGUCCUU